GGCCGCACUGAGCGUUCCGUCUGUUUGCGUCGCUGCUUCACCAAUAAAAAAACUGAGGGGUGUGACCGGGAUCCGAGGCCCCUUCCUAGUGGGACCGUCGCUUAGGGAUCAUUUAGUUAUUUUUCUCCUCUCUCUCUCUCUCUCUCUCUCGGUCUCUGUCUCUUCCCCCUUUUCAUACCAUCUCCCUCUCUCCUUCCCAGGAUAAGCGCCGGAAGUUUCCUCUCCUAAAUCGUGCUGGAAGAAAGGGAGGGGCCGGGUGGGAGUUUGUGUGGAACCGCUAGGGGGAUGGAGGGGUGAGUGAGGAGGGUUCAGUCAGCUAAGACGCGCGAGCAACGAGCGGCCCAGAGGACGCCGCCGGCGCAGAGAACCAUAACGCGAGGAGGGAGGAGUGAUGGGGGGGAGACGCGUAAGGGGUUACAAGGGCGCUGACGGAAAGGAAGACCGUUUUUAACUUCUGGUAAAGGACGGAGCAGGGGAGAAAAGGGGCAGCGCGGCCGCUUUGGGCAGCGGCUGCCAGAACUGCCCCCUCCCGGCAGGCCCCCCCCCGCUGGGCGGGGCUUGAGAGUUACACACCCUCUUCCCGGGCCCCUCAGCAGCUACUGCGGCAACACAAGGGGAGGAUCGCACGCGUGGCCCCGCCCUGGGGGAGGAGCCACGACACCUCCCCUGCUCCCCCUCCCCCUUCCUCCUUCCUGACCUGCGCGUUAAGCUCUCUCCCUCGUUUUGCGCCGGAUUACGAAAGGAGACCGGUGCGGGCUGAGGCUGCGUCGCGGGGACCCUGGGCUGGACGGCUGGGGCUCCCUUAGGAGCUCCGUUCGGCUCGUCUCCCCCCGCGCGGGCCUCAGAGAGCGCAGGCCACCGUCUCCCCCCGCGGGCCCACUGAAAGCCGGCGGCGGCGGCGGCUGCGACGACGGACCAUGAAGGCGCUCGGUCCCUGCCCCCGACUGCUGCUGGCCGUCGGCCUGGCGCUGCUUUGUCCCGUGCAGGUAUUUUCACAGUCAUGUGUUUGGUAUGGAGAGUGUGGUGAGGCAUCUGAAGGCAAGAGAUACAACUGUGAAUAUUCAGGUCCACCAAAACCAUUGCCAAAGGAUGGAUAUGACUUAGUGCAGGAACUCUGUCCAGGCUUCUUCUUUGGGAAUGUCAGUCUUUGUUGUGACACACAGCAACUUCAGACAUUGAAAGAUAAUUUGCAACUGCCUCUACAAUUCCUGUCCAGGUGUCCAUCCUGUUUUUACAACCUGAUGAACCUCUUUUGUGAGCUAACCUGCAGCCCUCGACAAAGCCAGUUUCUGAAUGUUACAGCUACCAAAAGUUAUAUUGAUCCCACCACAAAUGAGACCAAAACAAAUGUAGAAGAACUCCAGUACUACAUUGGACAGAGCUUUGCUGAUGCCAUGUAUAAUGCCUGCCGGGAUGUUGAGUCCCCCUCCAGUAAUGACAAGGCCCUGGGCCUUCUCUGUGGGAAAGAUGCAAAAGACUGUAAUGCUACCAACUGGAUUGAAUACAUGUUCAAUAAAAAUAAUGGACAAGCACCUUUCAACAUCAUACCUAUUUUUUCAGAUAACUCUCUUUAUAAAAUGGAACCAAUGAACAAUGCUACCAAAGGCUGUAAUGAGUCAGUGGAUGAUGUAACUGGGCCUUGUAGCUGUCAGGAUUGUUCUAUUACUUGUGGGCCCAAACCCCAGCCCCCACCACCUCCUGUUCCUUGGCUGAUAUUUGGCUUGGAUGCCAUGUACGUCAUUAUGUGGAUCUUCUACAUGGGAUUCUUGCUUGUGUUUUUUGGAAUGUUUUUUAUAGUAUGGUGCUACAGGAAACGGUAUUUUGUCUCUGAAUACACACCGAUUGAUGGCAAUAUAGCCUUUUCUGUUAAUGCCAGUGAUCGAGGAAUGGCUUGGCUCUUAACCUCCAACCUCCCUUCCUCUCCUGCUCUUCCAGGGGAGGCUUCCUGUGGUGAUCGCCUUGGGGCAGUGUUUGAGAGCUGCUUGACCCAGGGGUUUACAAGAUGGGGGUCUUUCUGCGUGAGAAACCCAGUGCCUGUCAUUAUCUGCUCCCUGUUCUUCAUCGCAGUCUGCAGUUCAGGUCUGGUGUUCAUGAGACUCGCUACCAAUCCAGUCGAUCUUUGGUCUGCCCCCAACAGCCAAGCUCACUUGGAGAAAGAAUACUUUGACACCCACUUUGGACCUUUCUUCCGUACUGAACAGCUUAUAAUCCAGGCUCCACACACCAAAGGGCACAUUUACCAGCCAUAUCCUUCCGGAGCUGAUGUUCCUUUUGGGCCCCCCCUGGACAAAGGGAUUCUGCACCAGGUGCUAGACUUGCAGACGGCUAUUGAGAACAUUACUGCUUCUUAUAACAAUGAAACAGUGACACUUGAGGACAUCUGUUUGGCUCCCUUAUCUCCUUAUAACAACAACUGCACUAUCCUGAGUGUACUAAAUUACUUUCAGAACAGCCAUUCUGUUUUGGACCACCAAAAAGGAGACGAAUUCUUUGUCUAUGCAGAUUAUCACACCCACUUCUUAUACUGCACAAGGGCUCCUGCCUCUUUGAAUGAUACAAGUCUGCUUCAUGAUUCGUGUUUGGGAACAUUUGGUGGGCCUAUUUUCCCUUGGCUUGUCUUAGGAGGCUAUGAUGAUCAAAAUUAUAAUAAUGCUACUGCCCUUGUGAUUACCCUUCCUGUCAAUAAUUACUAUAACAACACUGAAAAGCUACAGAAAGCCCAAGCCUGGGAAAAAGAAUUUAUCAGCUUUGUAAAAAACUACAAAAAUCCAAACCUGACUAUUUCUUUCUCUGCCGAACGAAGUAUUGAAGAUGAGAUAAAUCGUGAAAGUAAUGGUGAUGUUGUCACUGUUCUAAUUAGCUAUGCUGUCAUGUUUUUAUAUAUUUCCAUCGCCUUAGGACACAUCAAAAGCUUUCAUAGAUUCCUGGUAGAUUCUAAAAUCUCCCUGGGAAUUGCAGGUAUCCUGAUGGUACUCAGUUCAGUAGUGUGUUCUCUAGGUCUCUUCAGCUACAUUGGAAUACCCCUCACCUUAAUUGUCAUUGAAGUCAUCCCGUUCUUGGUGCUUGCAGUUGGAGUAGACAACAUCUUUAUUUUAGUUCAGACCUUUCAGAGAGAUGAACGCCUUCAGGGGGAAACACUAGAUAAACAACUGGGCAGGAUCCUGGGGGAAGUGGCUCCGAGCAUGUUCCUGUCAUCAUUUUCAGAGACUAUAGCCUUCUUCUUAGGGGCUUUGUCAACCAUGCCAGCUGUGCGAACUUUUUCUCUGUUUGCUGGAAUGGCUGUUUUCAUUGACUUCCUCCUUCAAAUUACUUGUUUUGUGAGUCUUUUAGGCCUGGACAUUAAGCGUCAGGAGAAGAAUAAAUUGGAUAUUCUGUGUUGUGUCAGAAUUGCUGAAGAUAGAACCGAUUCCCAGCCAUCAGAGAGCUAUUUGUUUCAGUUUUUCAAAAAUGCCUUCUCUCCAUUUUUGCUGAAAGACUGGAUGCGGCCUAUUGUGAUAUCUGUAUUUGUGGGUAUUCUGUCAUUCAGUAUAGCAGUUCUCAACAAAGUGGAAAUUGGCUUGGAUCAGUCUCUUUCAAUGCCAGAUGACUCUUAUGUAUUGGAUUAUUUCAAGUCCCUGAACCAGUACCUACAUGCAGGUCCCCCUGUGUAUUUUGUGCUAGAAGAAGGACAUAACUAUACCUCUUUAGAAGGGCAGAACAUGGUGUGUGGUGGAAUGGGAUGUAACAAUAAUUCACUUGUGCAGCAAAUUUUUAAUGCUGCAGAACUAGAGAAUUACACAAAGAUAGGAUUUGCCCCUUCUUCCUGGAUUGAUGAUUAUUUUGACUGGAUUAAACCCCAGUCUUCCUGCUGCCGAAUUUAUAAUAUGACAGAACGGUUUUGUAAUGCUUCAGUUGUGGAUCCUUCCUGUAUUCAUUGCCGGCCUUUGACUCCAGACGGCAAAAGGAGGCCUCAGGGUGAAGAUUUCAUGAAAUUUCUGCCUAUGUUUCUUUCUGACAACCCUAAUCCUAAAUGUGGCAAAGGAGGCCAUGCAUCAUAUAGUGCUGCUGUUCACUUCAAAAACAAUUAUACCGAGAUCGGAGCCACGUACUUUAUGACUUACCACACUGUGCUCCAUACUUCCUCUGACUAUAUUGACGCCAUGAGAAAAGCAAGGAUGGUGGCCGCUAAUAUCACCGACACCAUGGGCCUCCAGGACAAAAACUACCGGGUCUUCCCCUACAGUGUGUUUUACGUCUUCUAUGAGCAAUACCUGACUAUCGUGGAUGACACAAUCUUUAACCUUGGUGUAUCCCUGGGAGCAAUAUUCUUGGUGACUACAAUACUCCUGGGCUGUGACCUGUGGUCUUCAGUGAUCAUGUGUGUUACAAUUGCUAUGAUUUUGGUCAAUAUGUUUGGAGUUAUGUGGCUUUGGGGCAUCAGUCUGAAUGCCGUUUCCUUGGUCAACUUGGUGAUGAGUUGUGGUAUCUCUGUGGAGUUCUGUAGUCACAUAACCAGAGCAUUUACUAUGAGCACAAAGGGGAGUCGGGUAGCACGUGCUGAGGAGGCACUGUCUCACAUGGGCAGUUGUGUUUUCAGUGGAAUUACACUAACAAAAUUUGGAGGGAUUGUGGUCUUGGCCUUUGCCAGAUCUCAAAUUUUCCAGAUAUUUUACUUUCGGAUGUAUUUGGCUAUGGUCUUGUUGGGUGCCACCCAUGGCUUAAUAUUCCUCCCAGUAUUACUUAGUUAUAUAGGGCCAUCAGUGAAUAAAGCUAAAAGCCGUGCUGCUCAAGAACGAAACAGGGGCACUGAACGAGAACGACUCCUCAACUUCUAGUCCUCUAGGGGAGCUGAAAAGUCAUGUGGUUUAGGGUGGGACAGUCUGGUUGUCCUGGGAAUGGUGGGGUUGGCACUAUUAACUUGUGCACUGGACAUCAAAGAACACCACCAGCUUCAGACAUGGUUUUUAAAAAACUCAGGAAUGUUCAGCUUAGACUUGUGCGAAAAAACAUUACUAAAUCUGAAUGCAUCAAGAGGACACUGAGACAUUUUGGAGAAGCUAGAAGAAAUAAAUCUAUUAUCUCAGAAAGCCAAAAGUGAUGGCCAAUAUUGGUGGGUAUGAGAAUAGACUGCUCACUGCCACUUUUUUUUUUUUUUUUUUUUGGUAAAGAAAAAAAAAAAAACAAAUCAAUGCAAUUUUUUCUCCCUCUACUUUUAGGGGAAAUACCCAUUCAUACAGGUUCUGCACCAUAUUUUUAGUAACUUUACAGAAUAUCAUGUAUAUAUGCAUGUAUGUGCCAGUGUAAGUUUUCAUAUACACAUACACAUAUAUACAUAUAUACACACACAUACUUUCUAACAUUUUGUAGUUCAAAGAGCUUUAUUAAUGCAAUAAAUUAACUUUGUUCAAUUUUUGUAAAAACUAGCAAAUGACUUCAAAAAGUUGUAGGCUUCAUUAGAGCUUGGUCUCCAAAAACCUGUUUGAAAAAAGCAACAUGUUCAUCACAGUGUUCUCCUGUAAAGGAAAAUAAAAUAAAGACUGUUUAGAUCACUAUUCAGAGGAACUUCAGAUUAAAAAUAGAUUGGGGGGGGGAGGGGAAAUGAAACUACAGCAAACACUUGCAGUUGGUACCUAUGUAUGAGGGGUUUUAACUUAUCUUCUUUAAUAAAAUGCUAUAUUUUUCUUAA